GUUUACAGACCUAAGCUGGUCAGGCAACAAGCAGAAUAACGUGGCCAGAAUAUCUUCCGUCUUAUGGAAUUCACUACAUACAGGGUUAAAUGGCCAGUGUUGUCAUGUGGUGCCAAUAGUUCUUUGACAAAAAAAAAUGUUUGUCGUAAUCUUUUGGAGUUAAUCUAAUACCUGUGGGGAUAUUUAAGGAAUUUCGUAACUUGUUUUAAAUUCUGUGUACAUGUGUGGAGCUUAAUUUAAUUCCAAGGACUGGAUAUUGUCACCGACUUUAACAUCUGGGUCAGUUACAACGUUUACAACCCAGCGUGCUUUGUGGGGUGUUUGACCCUUACUAAAGGUUUAGGGUGUGGAUUUAUGAAAACUAGAUACAGUAUAUACAUUUGUAUUUAUGAGCCGGAAAAAGAUUGUCUGUAGAUUCUAGCAGGUAGGCUGAACACCUGUGUACCGAGCUGUGAAGAGAUUAUCUGUCUGUGUGUGUGGGUCUACGUAUAUGUAUACCCCUUAUACCUGAUAACUUUACCCUGUGUCAACGACUGUAUGUAUAUAUGAUAUUUACAGCAAUAUAUUCCAGCAUUUCAUAUUGCGAUUGUUUACCUUGUGCACGAUCCCUGUACACAUAUCGUAGAGCGCCCAUUCAGCUGAUGAUUUAUCUAUGGGUGUCCCAUGCCAGCUUACAACUGUGACAAAUGUGCUCAUAUUUACAACGUAAAAUACAUCUUUUGAAAAUGCUGUGUGGACAUACAGGUUAAUACACUUGGAAUUUUUUACAAUUUUUUCGCAUUUUCAUCGGAUGCCCUCUUAUAUGUUGGACAGACACUGGAUUGCAACACACAUGAUUAAAUCACUCACGGAGUAAGAUCUUUAUAAUACCAUACAGGUUGACCUUGAUGAUAGUAUAAGGAAAAAUCGUGCCAGUCACAACGUUGUGUCAUUAAGGAACAGAAAUUUGUGAAAAUCCAGUAUUGUAUGAUACAUACCUGAUGCGGUCAGUGCUGUGGUUUCAGUGCAAGAUGAUGUUGCAUUCCGUGUAUUAAGCCACAGGAUUCGACGCUUUAUCUAAUUCAUUAAAGGAUGUCAGACGCAGAUGUCAUCCUGACUUGAUUAUACACCUAGACAGCUAGGACUUCAUCAACAGUGGAAAUACAAAUAUUAAUCAUUUCCAGUGAUAUCACUUUUAAACACUAAACUAAGGAAGGGUCUGAGGACUGUUUAUCGCCAACUCAUGACCGAUAUUCUGAUUGGUGGAUAGAUAUCACACCUGUGUUUAUACUGUACGCGAAACAGAUGGACCGGCUACAUUAGUGUCUGUAGUCUUGUCUGGAACACAAUAACAUCUCCACAAGUCAUCUGGAAAUACACUUGGAGAACAUAUGUAUAUAUACACAUAUGAAAUUUAUAUUCGAAAGAAGGAAAAGUGUAUUAUAUAUCUAGAUCUUUGUGAGUUCAAAUUUUAUUGAUGGUCAAGCCUCAAUCCAAUUACUUAAAGGAACGGAAAAAAGUGUCUUGUUUGGAAAACAAUGGCAGCUUCUCAAAUCAACUGGAAAUACUUGUAAAUCAAAAACAUUAUUAGUGCUGUGGAAAUUUUGAAGAGAAGCACAAUCGGAGGGUCACAAAUUAAAACAAAGCAUUCAUGCAAUUUGUGAAUGUUUAUGUGCAGUGCUGUUCUUGUGUUUAUCAAAGAUCGAUUACAGUGAUGCAAGGACGAGUUUAUGAAUAAUUUUUAAAAGAUUUAUUGUGUUUGCUGAUGGCCAAUAAACGAUGAAAAUUUUGUCUGUAGUUUCGUGAACAAUCAAUAUCAUCUGAGUCACUCAUCAAGAAACCUGAAACAGUUUAUUGAAUAGCAGAUAUAAUUUCCAUUGAAGGAUCGUGAAACUGCAUACAUGUAAUUGCGGCAGACAUAUCGAUUAAUAAUCGCCACGAAUCGCAUGGUUACUCGGUGAACUAGUUUAUCAAAUUACAGUGUCCUAAAAAUAAGACCAUCUAUCAUAUUUUUAUUUGUAUUGGAACAAGAAGUUGUUGAGAAAAGAAGAAAAUUUACGGAAAACUGAUUUAUUCACGUGCAGUGUAUAAAUAGUGUACGUAAGCAACUACCGAUUUUGCGCGUCAGAUCAAGUAUAAAAUUCUUACUUGGUAGUCGGAUUCAAUAAUUCUUAACAGUUGAAUAUGGCCACCACCACUAGCAGGACAACAAGUAGAGGCAACCUUCGCUCUGGUAAACCAACGCGCGAGAUGCUACGUCUGCAGUCGCUCAACGACAAUACAGAAAGCAAUUUGUUCCAACGGAGACGUCUUAAUUUUGGAGGCGAAGAUGAGGGUCACUAUUCCACUAUCAAUGGUAUAGAUGGAACGGCUGUACAACCUAACGGAGAUAAAAGUAAAAGCAUGUCCCUUGGGAGCUCUGUGUGCCACCGUUGCAAUGAAGGCUUCGGUCCGAGUGAGCAGAUCAUGAACUCUAACGGGGAGAUAUGGCACACCAAGUGUUUUGUUGAACUGCAGAAAAAGCCGUAUGACUUGGCAUGUGCAAAGUGCAGUGACUAUCUAAAUCCGUGGGAACAAAUGAUUAACUGCAACGGGCAAGUGUGGCACACCAAAUGUUUCGUAUGUGCUCAGUGCUUCCAGCCGUUCCCAGAAGGAAUCUUCUAUGAGUUCGAAGGCAGGAAAUACUGUGAGCAUGACUUCCACGUCCUGUUCGCUCCAUGCUGUGGAAAGUGUGGGGAGUUCAUCAUCGGGCGUGUGAUCAAGGCCAUGAACGGCAGCUGGCACCCCAACUGUUUCAGGUGCGAGAUCUGUACCGGACCACUGGCUGAUGCGGGCUUCGUUAAAAACGCUGGAAGAGCACUGUGCCGAGAAUGCAAUGCCAAGGAGAAAGCCAAAGGACUGGGGAAAUAUGUCUGUCACAAGUGUCACUCAAUCAUCGAGGAGGGCCACAUCCGCUACAAAGGGGAGGCCUACCACCCAUACCACUUCAACUGUUCUUCGUGCAGUGGGGAACUUAAUGCGGAUGCAAGAGAGAAGAAUGGCGACCUGUUCUGUCUGCGUUGUCACGACAAAAUGGGAAUACCUAUUUGUGGAGCCUGCAGGCGUCCAAUUGAGGAAAGAGUGGUUCAUGCCCUGGGAAAAGCUUGGCAUGUAGAGCAUUUUGUGUGUGCUAAGUGUGAGCGGCCAUUCUUAGGCACCAGGCAUUAUGAGAAGAAAGGCUUGGCCUACUGUGAAACUCACUACCAUCAGUUGUUUGGGAACAUCUGCUUUGUAUGCAAUUGUGUGGUAGCAGGGGAUGUUUUCAGUGCCUUUAACAAGUCAUGGUGUGUUGGACAUUUCGCCUGCUCCAUCUGUGACAGGAAGAUGAGUCACAAAACUAAAUUUUUCGAAUUUGAUUUGAAGCCAGUUUGUCGAGUUUGUCACGAGAAGUUUCCGGCUGAGUUGAAGAAAAGACUGAAGAAAUAUCACGAAGAAGUAAACAAGAAAUCAUCCACUUAAUUGUUGUCGGACACAAAUAGGUAGUCAAUGCUUUAAGUCAUUAGUAUUAUGUAUGAAAUGUGUAUUGUGUAUUGAGAACCUGUCAUUAAGGCUAACUUUUAUAAGAUGGAAAACAGUUACCUGUUACUGCCAAACCUAUUUAUUCAGUGUUUAAAAUUAUUUCCAUUAUGGAAGUAAAAACAAUUAUUCUACACAACUUAAUGAAUCGUUUCACUCAUGAUGUCCAAGAGUUUGAUCGUCGGAUUAAUUUUUGAAAUAUUUCAUUCGCAAUUUCAAACAUAUGUCGGCAAUCGUUUCAUACCAGCUAUAAGUGUUCAUCUCACAUCAGCAUAUAAAUAAAUACUUGACUAGCAAUAAUUUCAACAGAAAUGUUUGGAAUACAAUUAUUUAGGGGCCGGCGUUGCCAAGUGGUUAAGGCGUCUGACAUUUUGCUACCACUAGCCCUCCACCACUGGGUCGCAGGUUUGAGACCUACGUGGGGCAGUCGCCAGGUAUUGACCGUAGGUUGGUGUCUUUUGUCGGGUAACUCUGGCUUUCCUCCACCACCAAAACCUGGCACGUCCUUAAGUGACCAUAGCUGUGAAUAGGACGUAAAAUUCAAACAAACCAAACAAUUAAUUAGUGCUGGCCUUAAAAAAUUAAUUGUUUAAGCUGAUGUUAAUCCAUUAUUUGAUUAGGGCAAGCCUUUGUUUGCAGGUUCCUGUGUAUUUAUCCAAUUCAGGUAUUGAGUAAAAAUUAUAAGAAAAAAAACAAAUAUUUAUUUUUUGUACAAUUCUUUAAUUGUUUCAUAUUUAAGGAUGCAUGCUACAUUAAUCCUGUGAUUUAUAUUAUAAAUUUGUGUUAUAUUGGAGUUGUUCCCCUUAACAACCUUUCGGAAAUCAGUAUUUCCAAAGUGUUAAUGGUAAAUACCAUUCAAAAAUAUUGUCGAUAAAUUAACUCAUUCACCCCUGAAGACACAUUUGAACUCUUACAAUUCAAAGGUUGGAAUAGUUCAUUAUGAAAUUUCAGGGGUGAAUGACCUUUAUUGAAAGUGAGGGUAGCAUACAUCCUUAAGUUGUUAUUGCUGAAGAUAGAACAUGAAAAGUAAUUUUUUUCAUGGAGAUAUUUUACAUGAACAAAAAUGCUUUUUUUAUUUUUAAUCAAUUUUUGGGAAGUGUCAUCGUCUGAUUGAUGUAAAAAUGAUUUUGUGUAUAUUAGCAUUGAUAUAUAUAUAUUCUGUCAAUUAUUUUAUUAUUAUUUGUGCCUUUCUUUCCACAUGGUGCCAUAUGUCGGGACAAAUUUUUCAACAAACUGAGGAGAAUAUUUGUCACUGGUGUAUUUAUGCCACACGUGUGAAAUUUUACUUUAACACGUGUGGUUGAAGGGAGAUAAUUUGCAAAAAAAUGUCAGGAUGUUAAUUAAUCUGAUUGAUUUUCUUUACUUAAAGAUAAAUAAAACAUCAAAGAUUACCUAAAAGUGUCACAACAACUUUGUAUAUGGACACAUUUUUGUGUUUCGAUACUUAUGAUGCUGUUGAUUCGAUAACUUUUCUUCUAAAGUUAAAACGGCCCAUAUAUACAAUUGCCGGCAAUGCCUUUUAUUACAUUAUACUUGUAUAUGUUAUAUAUGCAUACCAUAUUUUUUUGAAAUAGUUAAUAAACUUAAGUUAUCAUUAGAUGACUCCAGUAUUGUCAGGUAUUUUUCUUGCGGUAAAUAGUGUUGAACCCUUUCACCACUGUAGACCAUAAUGGACUGAUCCAUAUCAAUGCAUGGUUGAGUCUACUAAAGUUACAUAGGGGUGAAAGGGUUAAUUAAAUGUUUAACUGAUAAGAAGUGAAAAAUACUCUUUGUUUACCUCACACAGGUUAUGCAUGAAAAUCUACAUUUAUCCAUAACCCUUUAGUUAGAAUGAUUGAAAUGUUUUUAUGAGUACAGUCCACUCAUUGUUAGAAAUUUUGACUCAAUACUAAGUAACUUGCCAUCAAGUUAUUGUAGUAAUGAGUCAUUGGUGAGGUUUUUGAGUCAUUAGUCAGUAUUGACUUGUUUUAGAAGGUUUGAGUAAUUACUCAUUCUUAGAAAUAAAUGAGAACUCAUUUUAGAAGUUAUGAGUAAAUUGCUCAUUAUUAGGAAUAUAGGAGUACUCAUUUUUGAGGAAUGAGUAAUAACUCAUUAUUAGAGAUAAAUGAGUACCCAUUUUUGAAGUAAUGAGUAAUUACUUAUUAUUAGAAAUAAAUAAUUACUCGUUUAAGAUUUUAGGAGCAAUUACUUAUUAUUAGAAAUAUACGAGUAAUAGUUUUGAGUAAUUGCUGAUUUUUAUAAAUAUAUGAGUACUUGUUUUAGAAUUUUUGAGUAAUUACUCAUUAUUAGAAAUAUAUGAGUACUCGUUUUAGAACUUUUAAGUAAAUAAUCACUGCCAACUCAUUGUUGAAACUGCUCUUAGAUCAUAGAAAUAUCACAUCUAAACUGUUAUGCUUAGCGUCCACAUUAUUUGUAAAAUAGUAUAGUGCCUUUGUUAAUGUUAGUGCCGAACUCUUAAACAUCAUUUUCCUGUUGUUUUUCUUAACCCCUUGGUAAUGGCAAUUUUUUUUUCACCAUAAAAAAUGGUUUUAUUAUACAAUGGCUUUACUGUUGUCCAAUUUGUUUUUAAACAGUUUUGAAAUCGUACAGUGCUGUCUUUACUUUCAUUAACAUUCUUUUCAAUAGUAUUAAUUUCAAAACAGUUUGUAGCAGAGCUUUCAGUUCAGUUGCCAAAAGUACAUUCAACCACCGUACUCCGUGUGAACGUUUGCUUUCUGUACGCCUGUUGUGCAUUGCUGUCAUUAUUACAGCAAAUCUGCUGCUCGGUGCUUCAUUGUUUAGAAAAUCCUUUAACUCUUGAAAUGUUUGUGUGUGCUUGUUUUUGAUAUUUGUGCUGCGGAAGAUUUCUGCUGGAUUUUUUUUUAUCACAAAAUGAGUUAGAGCAGAUAUGGAUAUCUUGUUUUAAUGUUCAUAAUGUUCUUGACUAAAUUUUUCAGCAAGACAUUUAGGGUAUGUGGUCAUUUAUCACAUACUUGUUGAAUCUUGUUAUAGUAAUACAAGCAAUUUUCAGACCAUGAAAUACAACGUUCUAUAUUGCACAUGUGCAAUACGGAAUGUUGUUUUUACCUACUAGCCGGGACUAUUUUUUAUGGGAAUCCC